AUGCUUGCAAUCUCUACUCCUCCUCUAUUCUCAAACAUGGGCUGGAACUUAGAGGAGGAGCCCUUAAACCAUAAAAAGAAGAACUACUAUAAAGAUACCGUGUCCUCAGAGUACUCAAUUUCCCAUAAAUUCUCUUCACCACAGCCACGGGUUGAGGUUAAAAACUCUACACCAUCAUCCACCAAGAAGGUUAACCAUAAUGCUCGAGAACGUGAUCGUCGCAAGAAAAUCAAUAACUUGAUUUUUUCACUUCGUUCACUUCUUCCAGUGUCACAUCAAAAGAAAAAAAUGAGCAUUCCGGAAACAAUUUCGCGAGUAAUAACAUACGUACCUGAGUUACAGCAGCAUUUGGAAGGACUAAUUAAGAAAAAAGAAGAACUUUUAUCGAGAAUUUCUCAGGAAAGAGAUGCAGUGAAUAAAGAAUUUAAAAGGAAGAUUCCCCAUCACAAUUCUGCUUUUGUAGUUUCAACAACUAGGCUCAAUGACAAUGAGGCUGCUAUUCAGAUUUGCUCUCAAGAGGUCAACAAGACUCCACUAUCCGAUAUCUUGCUGAUUUCAGAAAAUAAUGGUCUUUCUCUGCUAAAUGCUUCUUCCUCUGAAACCUUCGGAGGGAGGGUCUUCUAUAACUUGCAUUUCCAGGUGGACAAAACACAAGCCCACCUACCUAUGCUAAGAAAUUUCAUAAAAGAAAGUGGGGUGAUAUCUUUUGUUAUUUUCAUAGGAUUUUUUGAUGAUUUACCCGUGUUUUUCAGACAUUGGUAUCCCCACUUGAUACAGAGUGCUGCAGUGCUAGGAUAA